CAUUAAAACAUGACAUCUUGAAGCUUUAUAGAAAGAUCACUGACAGAGAGGAAAGCCUUCAGGUGAGUCUGAUGAUAAACUGCUGUCUGUGUCUCUCCUCAGAUUCCUGUGAACUCACCGUGGACUCAAACACAGUGAACAGGUUCCUCAAACUGUCUGAGGACAACAGGACGGUGACAUGGGUGCGGAAGAAGCAGCCAUAUCCUGGUCAUCCAGAGAGGUUUGAUGGCUGGCCUCAGCUGAUGUGCAGAGAAGCUCUGACUGGUCGCUGUUACUGGGAGGUCGAGAGGAGAGGAGAGGUUUCUAUAUCAGUGACUUACAGAGGAAUCAGGAGGAGAGGAGGCGGUGGGGACGGUGAGUUUGGAUGGAAUGAUCAGUCCUGGAGUCUGGACUGCUAUGAUGGUGGUUACUAUGUCAGGCACAAUAAGAGGGGAACACACACCUCCUCCUCCUCCACCUCCUCCUCCUCCUCUGGUAGAGUAGCAGUGUAUCUGGAUCAUCCUGCUGGCUCUCUCUCCUUCUACAGAGUCUCCUCCUCCUCUCUGAUCCUCCUCCACACCUUCAGAACCACAUUCACUGAACCUCUCUACGCUGGGUUUGGGGUCUGCCCUGACUCCUCAGCGUCUCUGUGUCCUCUGUGUCCUCUGUAGGAGGAGACCACUUCCUGUCCUGAGGUCACAUGGUGUUUUAAAUGGAGGCUUCUCAUUGGUUACCGUGUGUCUCACUGAUUGUGUCUGUAAUAAAGUUUUCUUGAAGCAACGUAUUAAAGCUGAUCCUGAAGACUGUAGUGAUCGAUAAGUUAAAUAAAGAUUUAGAACAAG